GUUGUUUUCCAACUAAAUAAUACCAAUUUUAAGAAUAUAAAUAAAUAUUUAACAGCACUGGAAAAUUGAUAUAACACAUCUGUGUUUUUCCCCAGACAACAGCUGAUUAAAUAAACAAAUACAAAUUUUUUGCCGUAUUUCAUUCGUUUUUUCAAUAAAUUAUUUUGGCACGGCAUUACAAUAUAUUUUAUUUACUUUUCGAACAAAUAUAAAUCAAUAUAUGGACGGUGCAGUUUUAAAUAAAAUGUUGUUGCUUUAGUAUUGGCAUAAUAAAACAAAUUUGCUUGUUGAACGUUGCCUUUUGUGCUCUGAUGAGAUGCAUCAAUCAUCAAGUAAACCUGAGUCUCGCUUGGCUGCAAUCACUUUCUUUGCGAAAACACAUCCUGGUGAUGUAUGUGGUAGCAACGGAUUACCUCUGACGCCAAACUCGAUUGCAAUAUUAGGACGCGCGCAAAGGCUCAAGGAUUUGAAACACCCUCAUUUGUGUCAAUAUUUAGAUUUUGUGCGUGGUAAACAUGAGCGUACAAUCGUUGUAUCUGAAUACUUUGGCACCACUUUGCAGGAUAAAUCACGAGUUGCUUUACUUGAACCUUUGAUUGCACGGAUAUUUUACCAAAUUGUCUGCGCACUUAAAGAGUUGGCAGAGCAAAAUUUAGUUGUGCAUAAUUUGGAACCAAAACAUAUACUCUUGGACGACUGUAACAACGUUAAAAUUUUUAACUACGGCUUAUAUCAUAUGACGAAGUGUGGAGACUAUGUACCCUUUCCAAUCGGAAAUGUUCGUUACAUGCCACCGGAACGAUUUCUUGGUGCGAAAAAUAACAUAAAAAGCGAUAUUUGGUCACUGGGAAUGAUUGUGGCUGAACUUUUACUUCAGACAACCUUUUGGCCUAACAUGAAAAUCUCGAAUAUAACGCGUAAAAUACUUUCAUUUAUGCAAGUAGAGAAUGUUUUUGAAAAAAUUGCACGGGAACACAACUGUCUGGAACGAUAUGCGCAAAUUAAUAGAGAAUUACGUGCAUUCGUUGAAGAAUGCUUAAAUGUUGCAGCAUCAAAACGCCCACUGCCAACGGAACUAUUGUCACAUCCAUAUUUUUCAAAAGAUGUCAAUACAUACGCAUAUACUGAACCACCAAAAUCCAACGUUUUACUAUUACGUUGCCCACUUGAACAAAUUUAUUACUGGUGGCAACUAGCUGGCGGCGAUGUUCAGAGUGAAUUGAAAAAAGAAGGCCUUAUUCGCAGCGAAGCACCAAUAUUAGCCAUACCGCAAAUAGUAUGCUUAAAUGGGGCGAUUGUCGGACCAAAACGCAGUCAAAGCUAUCUCAUGGAUGAUCGCGUGGUGCCACUAAAAUUGAAUAAUCUCUUUGAAAAGCUAUGCAAUCUACCAGCCAUGGCAUAUUUUCCCCUAAUACAUUCACCGAAAUUUCCACACAAUUUCGGCGCUAGUAUGGCGCAAUUGCCGCUGGUUAUACGUGAAAAAGAUAUCGAAUAUCAAUUUUACCGUGUGCGACUUUUUUCGAGAUUACUAAAGGGUUAUCCUUAUACGAGUGACAUGAUACGCAAGGAGGCUGCCAAAGAUAUACCACCAUAUUUACGUGGCCCCAUUUGGGCUUGCCUGCUCGAUGUAAUACCGAUUGGCAGUUAUGAGAAGAUCGACAAGUUUACGCCCACUUCUACCGAUCGUCAAAUCGAAGUAGACAUACCUCGCUGUCAUCAAUACGAUGAGUUACUAUCGUCGCCGGUGGGUCACUGUAAGCUGAAACGACUUUUAAAAGCUUGGGUGACUGCUCAUCCACAAUAUGUGUAUUGGCAAGGUUUAGAUUCACUGACUGCACCAUUUCUGUAUCUCAACUUUAAUAAUGAAGAGUUGGCGUUCCUCAGUCUAUACAAAUUUAUACCGAAAUAUCUUCAGUGGUUUUUCCUGCGAGACAAUUCGGCGAUUAUUAAAGAAUAUUUGAGCAAAUUUUCACAACUCACAGCAUUCCAUGAACCAAUUUUGGCUAAGCAUUUAUCAAGCAUCAAUUUUAUACCGGAGCUAUUCGCUAUACCUUGGUUCCUCACUAUGUUUUCACACGUUUUCCCGCUCCACAAGAUUAUGCAUCUUUGGGACAAACUCAUGCUGGGCGACAGCUCAUAUCCGCUAUUCAUCGGCAUCUCUAUAUUAAAACAGCUAAAGAGCACGCUGCUCAGCUCUGGCUUUAACGAAUGCAUUUUACUCUUUUCCGAUUUACCCGAUAUCGUUAUGGAGAAUUGUGUCUUAGAAUCACAAAAGAUGUACGAAUGCACACCGAAAAGUGUUUCACAUCGUCUGCAUGUGCUACGCGAGGAACCUCUAACUGAAUUUGAUAUUACAAUUGACGUUACGCUGGCGCACUUGCAAGCUGAGAUGUGUCCACGUAUCAGCGCCAAAGAUUUCACGAAUCUCCUGCAUCACGCGCCAACCGACAUGUGUGCGCUGGAUUUGCGCAGCGCUGUGGAAUAUUCACAUGUGCGCGUGCCACAUAGCCUUAAUGUGCCAUUUGUCGCUGCACAAAUGUCAGAACCGCGACUAGAUGUGCUAGCUGUGCCGCAAUUGGACGAACUAAUACAGGGUCGUAUUGUCAUAUGCAUUAGCAAUACACACGAACACGCCGUGCGGUUCUCGAAAUUUUUGGUGGAGUGCGGUGUGAUGCGCGUCUGCAUCUUGCAUAAAGGCUUCAAUAUUUUGCACACCAUUGAACCAAACAUACUGAUUUCCAAUUAACCAAUGUGUCGCCGAGUUGUGGGUUUAGCUAAUGUCAGCACCCGUUAUACCAACAAUUGCAUAAAAACCGUUUUUUUCUAUGCAUUUUAUGAAAUUGCUUUUGGUAUGUGUAUCAGACUCCCCCAAAGGCUUGAUAUGUACGGAAAUUGGUUUUCGUUUACUGUUUCCUCCUAACGUCAUAUACUCGUUUGUGGCAUGGCAAGCGUGGCAACACCUCAUUUGACAAUUAUGCAUUAAUGUCAUCACUUUCUUGCUCCCGCCAAGCAAUUUAUGUCUACGCUUAGUUAACAAGAAAAAAGUUUUGUUUUAUUGUGGUUAUUACUUUUUAUUCCUUUAUAAUAUUGUUUAAAUAUCUUUUGCUAAACGUAUACUAAAUAUAUAAAUAAUUACAUUUAUAUUAACUAAAUAAAAAAAUAAAAAAAGUUCAUUACAUCUUACACCUUAUAUAAUAUGCGAUUACAUAACUGCUUUAAACAUAUAAUUAUCAAAAAUGAAACAUUCAUUUUAUAUACUCUAUUUGUAUAUAUAUAUAUGUAUAAUAGCUAAAAGGACAUAUAAAUUUGUAUAUACAAUUUUUGUUUUUUUUUUGUAGCAGAAAAAGCAUUUUCUAUCGUUCAGUACUUUUGCUUGCAACAUAGUGCGCUUUUACUAUAAAAUAGUAACUACUAUUCAAAUACAAUAAACCAACGAAGUAUAUACAUACAUACGUACAUAAACGCUGGAAGGUGGUCUAUCAAAUGCAUUUUUCUCAAAGUUUUCUUCGCUAUUCUACAUUUGUUGUAAACAAGCGAUAUGCUACAUACAAGCACAGCUGAACAGUUGCAGCCUAAUAGCGCUUACAAGCUGGUGCUCUGCUUGGUUGGGUUGCGGUUAAUAUAAGUUUAGGGAUGCUUCAGUCAUUUUGGCAUUUGUAUUCGCUGAGUUGAAUUUGUAGACCGAGUCGAGCACUAAUUUUCGAAUUUUUGGUCUAUAGUUUUUGAAUAUGUUUGCAGUCGAGUGCUGUUUUGAAAUAUAUAUACUAGGUUUAUGGCAAGCUGUUUGAGACCACAAAUAAAAUUUUAUAAAUCUUUCAUAUAAGCGACUUUACGCAUGCGCAGUUUAGGUUGGGGCUGAAAUAGAUGCUAACAAUAUUUGUCAUAAAAGGUUCUGCAAAUUUUUCUGCGAAAUGCUGAA